CAUGACUAACCAAAGGAAAACAACGGCGCCCAAUUGACUGUUGUGUUGCAGCCAACACCAACCAACCACAUUUCACAAUGCUAUAAUCCACUCCAUGCAACACACCCUUUUUGUCAAUAAAUUGAUGGUGCUUAUUCAUAAUUGUUGUCCAAGAUGAAGGCCGUGGCAGCGUUGAAUGUAUACAAGAAAGUGGCUGUGAUUCGUAAAGAAACGGAUUCACUCAACUAUGAAGAUGCGGAUGGAAAUGUCCGCACGGUAUCUGAUCUGGGCCAUGCGGCUUCCACUGCGGCUCCCGCAUUGACUGCCAACAAGGCCAAGAUUGAGAUUCCCGUGCCACAGAUUAAAAUGGUCGAGAGCUACGAUAAGGAUGUUCCCGACAAUUACGACAUCAAAUCAUCCUACGUACGCUAUCAUAGACCCUCCAGGGCAGAGUGGAUGCAAGCUAUUGAAUACGUUGCCGACACGGAAGACGAAACAUGGUUGGCCAACAAUACCAAGUUUGGAGGAGCCAGUGUGGCCGUGAUUACUGAAGGAGGAGAAGACGGUGAUACCAAAAAGAGUGAAGACCCGAGCAAACUCAAUGACAGCACUAGUUUGUUGUUGAAUACUGCGACACUGGAUGCUAACAAGGAGGAUGCCGAAACCACACAACCAUCCACAAGACAACAACAACUUACCCUGUACAUGUUGGAACACAUUAUGGAUGUCCUGGAAAAGGCCACUGGAUUUGAUAUCAUCGUCUCCACAUCGCAGGCAGAACAACUCAUUCAGGAAAAAGUACCACAAUUCACACAGAUAUUCCCACCAUCCUUGACUCGUCGGACGGUGGGCAUUGUCACGUCCAAACAGGUGGUCGCGGAAGUAUACAAUUACUGGGUCAACAAACGAUCCAAACUCAAACGACCCUUGUUGCGACGAUAUUGGCCCGUCACGUCCACCGAUGAUACCAAUCCUCAUUUCGUAUUUCGUCCACGAGAAAAGGAAAAGUACAAGUUGCGCAAAACAAGACGCAACGAUAUGCUCAGUUUCAACAAAAUGAAGCAGUUGAGAAAUGACUUUGAUGGGCUGCGAAUGGUGCUGGAUCUGGUGCGAAAGCGAGAGGAAGUGUAUCGGGCACAAGUUCAAAUGCAGUGCGAAUGGUUUGACCAGAAAUUGUUUGACAUUAUGGAUACCAGUGGCAAACCGCGGAGAAAUGCCAAGGUCAAAAAGCGAGAAAUUGACGCCGUCCUGACCGUUCCAACCUACUUUGAUACUCAAACGGGAAACAAAAAGGGUAAACGAGGGCGAAAUAAGGCGACUGGGUCUCGCAGCGUGUCUCCCACGCCGCCUGUCGCCGCUGGCACUGGCAACAGCAGCAAUAAUAACAACAACAAGACGGAUUCCACCUCGGCAUUGACGGGCACUGCUGCCGCAUCGGAUGCCGCUCCACGGAUUGUGGCCGGUCACAAUUUUGGACAACCCGCCCCCAGCUUUUUGGAUCCUCUACCCACGAGGGAAACCUUUGUCACGUCGUGGAACAGGGCCGUGCCACAUGUGACGAGUUAUGUCGAAUCGCAUGCCCUGCCAACGCACCGAUUUAGGCAUCGUCCUCGUGUGGGACGGGGUGGUCGUCUGGUGAUUGAUCGACUACCCUGUCCAGGGCACCCUGACACGACACCCAUGACGUUCCUGACGGCCGGGAAAGGACUGGCUCGGAAACCCGCCGAAGAAGAGCAUGCAACCCAGCCCGCACUACUACCAGAACCAGUCGACCACAAAGCAGUGAGUCGUCGUAUUGAAGAAAUGAGUGUGGCAGCGGUACAGGAAGAACUAGAGUUGUCGACCGGAGAAAUCCCCGCAACCGAGGAUAACAACACUGCGAGUCUAGUCUUGGUGAAGAUGGAACAGUAUCUGAACACAGACGACCAGCUAUGGGGCGAAGAACGCUUUGCCAUCGGACCUGUGUAAUUAAUUUUUCAUCUUAAAAAUUAUUCAUUCUGCCUCGCGCACCUUGGUUGAAUUUUAAAACAAGGGUCCAGAGAUACUGACAUCAUCAUGUUGGUAUAGGUGGUUGCGGAUCCACCGUAGCAAUGAAGCUCCAGAGUAUUUUUGGCGAUAAGAUCACAUGUUCCCUGGUGUCCUACAUUGCUGAGGAACAGGUUGCUUGCUAAGAUACUGGCAGCAAAGCAGCAUUAUGAAAGAAACAUCUUAAUACAUUAUUAGUUCCCUGUUGGUUGGUUG